AUGUUAGAAAUUCAGGAAUGGAAUCGUUUACAACAAGCAGGUGUCACUAAUGAAGUCAUCAAAAGGGCCAUUUCAUCCUUUGUCAUUCAGAUAAUUGCCGGUCAUGGUGCACCGGCUCGUCGUCUGUGUAAUAAGGACCCGUUCACCAUGAAAUCUGCCUCGUUUCUGGCUGAGAUGUUCCCGAAUGCUAAGUUUAUUUUCAUGAUUAGAGACGGUAGAGCGACAGUCCAUAGCAUAAUCACGCGGAAGGUGACAAUUACUGGUUUCGAUUUAUCCAGCUAUCGUAAUUGCUUGACGAAGUGGAAUCAAGCGAUACAAAUCAUGGAUGAACAGUGCACCGACGUUGGCAACAAAUGCUUAAGGGUGUAUUACGAACAAUUGGUACUGCAUCCUGAAGCGCAGAUGCGGAGAAUCUUGGAGUUCUUGGGACUUCCAUGGAACUCUACCGUAUUACAUCAUGAAGAAUUUAUAGGAAAAGCUAUUUCUUUGUCAAAGGUGGAACGGAGUUCAGAUCAGGUUGUUAAACCGGUAAAUGUAGAUGCAUUAUCGAAAUGGGUUGGUGUGAUACCUGAAGAUGUUGUACAAGAUAUGGAUAAAAUAGCACCAAUGUUGCGGCAGUUGGGUUACGAUCCGAAUGCGAACCCACCUAACUACGGCACCCCUGACGAACUGGUGGCGAAGAAAACCGAGGAUAUCCAUAAGAAUGGUGAAGAGUGGUACAAAAAGGCUGUGAUGGUUGUAAAUGAUCCGAAUCGAGUCGAUAAACCAAUACAAUAG